GCUGAAAGGAAUGUUGACAAAUAUAAAACACAAUUGUACAGGAGCAGCGCAUAACUCUUCAGCAAUAGAAGUAUUUCUAGCGGUCUCAAGGAACUAUGAGGACACCUACCAAGUAGUGGCGAACCUAACGAGGAUGUAUUCAUUUGACACUGCUAUUAUUCUGUUUUUGGAUAUGAACCAAAUGCUUGUUCAUGCCACAAUAUUGUAUCAAGGACACGCCACUAUUGCGGAUGCAUUAUCAAUCUUCGGAAUCAGUGUCAGGUUGCUCAUCUGGCUGGUUGAGACCAAAUGGAUCAAGCAGAAGCCUACAGAAUUAGCUCCAAUACUUGCAGAAUGCGAGAUAUGUUACAGCAGCUAUGAGCUAUCAAGCGCAAAGAAUACUUUCUUGGUUCAGUUGCUCCAUGAGAAGAUAGCGAUUGACUACUAUGGAUUCAUGGAAAUGAAUGCAAGCUUUCUAUUGAGUCAUAGCCAACAAUCAAUGUCGCUCCUGAUAUUUCUAUUUCAAGUUACGAGUACCUAUAUGAUGAAAAAGAAUAUGGAAUUGGAGAGCAUCUAACAUCAACUAAGCACUGUCGCAGAAACCAUUUACUGUAAAAUAUGGUAUAUCGCCACUAGUUUGCAACUGUUUCCCAACCUUUUUUCUGUUAAGGCUCCCAGGACUAUAAAUGAUAUCUUCAAGCCCCCUUUACUUUUUCAAUAAAUACAAAUAACGCACAUUAUAUA